AAAAAUAGUACUAAAAUAAAAAUCCUCUCUUAUCCUACGCACCACAACACCCUCGCUCACGUUAGCACUAAUAUCGUACCGCCUUUGUCAGACGCCCUAUAGUCUUGCCACGUCACCACCUAUCCUCUUCUUUGAAUUUCUGCUUUAUCGCCACCACCCAACACCACCCUCUCUCUCUCUCUCCUCCCUCUCUCUCUCUCUCUCUCUCUCUCUCUCCCCUCCCCACUUCCUAGGGUUCCUGCUCUACCUCUGCCGCAAUGGGUUCGAUCCCCGAUCCCGGCGACGAGUUCGCCGAGUCAACUCACCCCCCGCCGCAACCGAGCUUCGACGAGUUCCAGCGCACCGCCUCGCUGAUGACCAGCUGCACCCUCCUCUGGAAAGAGCUCUCCGACCACUUCUCCUCCCUCGAGCAAGACCUCAAAAACAAAUCCGACGCCCUCAACCACAAGCUCCAAACCCUAGACGCCCAGACCAAGCAGUCCCUCCAAGUCCUCGAGCACCGCGAGGACACCAUCAACGCCGCCGUUUCAGUCGCCCUGCAGAAAGUCAAGGAGCAAAAGGAAGCCGCCCUCAACGACGCCGUCGUCUUCGGCGAAGUCGACAACGACGAGGGACUCUUGCUAAAACUGCGUCGUUUCUGUUUGAAAAUGGAUUCUGAAGGCUUCUGGAGGUUCGUUGCGGAGAGGAAGAAGGAACUGGACUCAAUUAGGGCUCAGAUGUCGGCCGCGCUGGCGGACUGCGUGGAUCCGGCCCGAUUCGUGCUUGAAGCGAUUUCGGAGGUGUUUCCGGUGGAUAAGAGAGGGGACAAGAGCAACGAUUUGGGCUGGGCGUGUGUUUUGAUACUGGAGUCGUUGAUUCCGGCCGUGGUGGACCCGAUCAUGGGCGGUUCGCGCCUUUUGGUGACGCCGAGGAUGAGGGCGAGGGCGAGGGAGAUAGCGGAGACCUGGAAGAGGAGCCUGGACGAGCGGGGCGGGAUCGAGAACGUGAAGACCCCGGACGUGCACACGUUUCUGCAGCACCUGGUGAGUUUUGGGAUUGUGAAAAAGGAGGAUGUCGAGUUGUACAGGAAGCUCGUUGUUGCGUCCGCGUGGCGGAAGCAAAUGCCCAAGCUUGCUUUGUCGCUGGGGUUGGGUGAUAAGAUGCCUGAUAUGAUUGAAGAAUUGAUCAGCAGGGGACAACAGGUUGACGCAGUCCAUUUUACUUAUGAAGUUGGCCUUGAGGACAAGUUCCCUCCUGUCCCACUAUUGAAAGCUUUCCUCAAGGAUGCAAAGAAAGCAGCAAAUUCUAUUUUGGAGGAUCCUAACAAUUCUGGUCGAGCUGCGCAGCUUGCUUCACGCAAGGAGCAGUCAGCACUUCGGGCUGUGAUCAAGUGCAUUGAAGAGUACAAACUAGAGGCUGAAUUCCCUCCCGAAAGCCUCAAGAAACGCCUUGAACAGUUAGAGAAAACCAAGGUUGAGAAGAAAAGACCUGCCGCUGCCCCUGCCAACAAAAGAACGCGAGCAAACAAUGGCGGCCCAAUGCCACCCGCAAAAGCAGGUCGCUCCACUAAUGCUUAUGUGUCGUCUUUCCCGGCUGCUCCCACAUACGUCAGAUCCCCAUCACAUACCCAAUACCCUAUGGGGGUCCCAUCCUAUCCUUCAUCCCCUGUCAUGUAUGGCAGCAGGAGUCCUCCAACCCACCCUUAUGCUUACUCACCAGAAUCGGCUCCUCCUACCUUCGCUGUUUCGUAUCCAGUUGCACAAGUGAACUAUUCUCCAUACGGAGGUUAUGGAAAUGGAGUUGCUCCAGCUUAUCAGCACGCUUACUACUGAUGGACAUGACUGGUGGUCGAUGAAGAUGGUGACUCUGAUAUGUAACCCUAAUCUCAAAUCAAACGUCUUUUCUAGAUGGUCUGUAAUCACUAACCUCUUAAUGGUAGCGAUAUGUGUGUGCUAAUCCUUAAUCUUGACCUUUAUCCCGCAUCUUGACUUGUCAUUGACUCAAUGGCAGGUUUCCUCUUUCUGAUGUUGAUCAAACUUGUAGUACUAGUGUUGUGAAAGUAAUCGAGAAAUCUUCAUUAGUGUAA